AUGGAGCCCAUUUUUUCUUCCACAACGCACACGUCCGUGACCGACCGCACGGGAGCACCCGCGAAGAAACACCGCGACACGGGCGGCUCAACACCGGUGUGGGCAGCUAUCGAAGCUCGCACGAGUUCCCAACGCCAGCAGCCAACGUGUGUUGCUACGAUGUACCGUGUGGCAGGCCUGCUUUUGAUCUGGCUGGCAGGUGCCGAGGAGACAGAGGAUUGCGCCAUGACCCAGUUGCGUAAGGUGAACGAGCACCAUCAGGCGGACUCGGAGGAGACGACCGAUGAGAGGAGCCAGUCGGCCAAUCCCUUCCAAAACAUGUGUCCAACUCCCUGCGUGAAGGAUGAGGCCAUGAAGACAUGCAAGCAGAACAAGGGAUACAGCUUCAAAACUGAUACGUGCAGCUUCAAAUGCAACGGGAAAGGCCAGGUGCAGAAUUGGAAGGGUCCCACCCUGGCGACGCUGGUGAAGAAUCCCUGCAAGGACACCACCAAUGGACCAGCGGCCUUUUGCAAGAAGAAUCCCAGCGAGCUGCUAAGCCGCGAAACGAAGAAGAGAAGAAAUGGAUAG